GCCGCCGAGGGACGAUGGCGCGGCCCCGCGGCGGGCGGUGGCUGCUGGGUGUCCUGCUGGCCCUGUGCCGCCUCGCCGCGCCGCUCGCCAAGAGCCUGGAGCCGGUGUCGUGGAGCUCCGCGAACCCCAAGUUCAUGACUGGGAAGGGGCUGGUCAUCUACCCAGAGAUUGGGGAUAAACUGGACAUUAUCUGCCCCAAGGCGGAGCCGUCCAAGCCUUACGAGUACUACAAGCUGUACCUGGUGAGGAAGGAGCAGGCGGAUGCCUGCAGCACUGUCAUGGACCCCAACGUGCUGGUGACGUGCAACCGGCCCGAGCAGGAGAUCCGCUUCACCAUCAAGUUCCAGGAGUUCAGCCCCAACUACAUGGGCCUGGAAUUCAAGCGGCAGCAGGAUUACUUCAUCACAUCCACUUCCAACGGCACACUGGAUGGCCUGGAGAACCGGGAGGGAGGGGUCUGCCAGACACGCUCCAUGAAGAUUGUCAUGAAAGUGGGGCAGGAUCCAAAUGCAGUGAUCCCAGAGCAGCUGACGACGAGUCGGCCGAGCAAGGAGUCGGAUGACACCAUGAAGGUUGUCACGCAGAGCCCACGCAGCAAGGUUCCAGCGGUGGAGGAACCUGGCAAGCCAGGUUCCGUCAACCAGGAUGGCCAGGAGACCCAGGGUCCCAGCGAUGGCUUUCUGAGCUCCAAGGUGGCCGUGUUUGCCGCCAUCGGCGCCGGUUGCGUCAUCUUCAUCCUCAUCAUCAUCUUCCUCGUCGUGCUUCUGAUCAAGAUCCGCAAGCGGCACCGGAAGCACACGCAGCAGCGAGCCGCAGCUUUGUCCCUCAGCACCUUGGCCAGCCCCAAAUGCAGCGGGAACGCGGGCUCGGAGCCCAGCGACAUCAUCAUCCCCUUACGGACUACAGAGAACAACUACUGCCCGCACUACGAGAAGGUGAGCGGGGACUACGGGCACCCCGUCUACAUCGUGCAGGAGAUGCCCCCGCAGAGCCCAGCCAACAUUUACUACAAGGUGUGAGGAGCAGCCUGGGAACGGCCGAUGCAGCAGCGCGGGAGCGCCGGGCGCGGGGCUGGCACCGCAAGGGAGGAAGCGAAACGUCCCCACCCCCGGCACGGUGCGGGCAGCGCCGGGAGCGGCGCCGGGGAGCGGAGGGCUCAACGCUCACGUGCUGAUUCUCCCCUUUGUAUUUAGUUUUGUAGUUCUCAGCUUUUGUAAUCCCGAGACUCUGAGGGUGAGCCUUCAGCCUCCUCCUCUUCUUCUCCAGACUGUGGCCGGCCGAGGGGGGCGGGCGCCGUGCCUUUACCGUGCUCGGGACACCGCUGGCAAACCCGGAGACUCCACCUCCCCUUUGUGGUUUGGGAUUUCCCCGCGUCACCUCUCGGGCCCUGCAGGAAGUGCCCGCCAGCGCUGUGGGGUCCCGGAGCCUGGAGCGACGCCGGGGCCUCGGUCCCAGGAGCAGCGAGCGCGCAGGGGGAUGAGGAGGAGGAGGAUGCUUUGCCAAGGUGCCAAGAUGCAGACAACUGUGCAGGGAGGAAGCUGGCAAACCCGAUUUACUACUACUACUAUUAUUAUUAUUAUAAUUAUUUUAAUUUUUUGUAACAUUUUUAUUUUUGUGAAUUCUGGGCGGGACUCCAGCCCGCCGCCUCCGGGCACAUGCUGUCACCUCCUUCAGCACAUCAUCCUGCCGGCCACGGGGCAGAUCCUGUUCCCCCAACUGCCCCUGGAAACUUUUGUGUUCGUAGCUGUUGACUCUUGUUUUAGUCUCUUUAUAAAAAAAAAAAAAUUCUAUCUCCACCCUGUCUCAAGCGUUCAGUGCGCGAGGGGCUGGACACUGCUCCUGCCCCACGCAGAGCAGCUGUGGCCUGGCAGUUCUUCCCGACCCCUCUGGAGCAUCCCACUGUGCAAAAAAAGCCUUUGGCUUUCUAUUGGGCAGGGGCUGAGCCUGCUGGAAGCAAAGUAGGGGGUGGCAGGGGGAAGCUGCCGCCCCUCCCAAGCCAGGCAUACUGCAGGUGGUUGUCCUUGGAAAGGAAAGCUGGAAAACAAAGGUUCCCUUGCAGCUUGUGCUGGUGUGUCAGGAGGAGGCUGGUGCUCGGGGCUGGAAGCCCCCAAGAGGAUGGAGCACCAGGCUUGGCUUGGUUGGGAACUGAGCCAAAGGCUUUUCCACCCUCCUGCUUUACCUGAAGAAUCCAGUGCCGCUCAGUGCUUUGGGGACCAGCCCCUGCUGUGCCGUCCCCUGCCCUGCUUCUGGCACAGGAGCAUUCCCUGUCCUGCCACCUCCCAGGGGUCCCACGGUCUGGCCUCCCCCGCCCUUGCCUUGCCCAUCUCCUGCCCAAAACUGGAAGGGGUUGAGCCUGGCUGGUGGGAUCAUUCCAGGCUUUCUCUUCCUGGGAGGAGCCGCCAGCACCGCGGCUGAUGUCAGUGAGCCCGGCGGGGCUGGCAGGGCCCUGUCCUGGGGCUGUCCCCCCUUCCUCACUUUCUUUUCCUUCCAGCAGUAGCUGCUUUUGCUCAGGGAGCAGGAGUGGGGCCAGCGGGGCUGUUCCUGCCCGGGCUGUUCCCGCCUGUCCCCAGGGCCCCGAAUCCCGCAUUAGGAAGUGCCCAAAGAGCGAGG